AUGGCUGCAGCAGUAGCGUCUCUGUUUGGCUACAACAAGCCCGUCCCAAAUACAAGGGUGCCAGAUGAACCGCCAAAAGCUCUUCCAGCUUCCUGGUAUCGUGCUCCAGAAAUGUACGAGCUGGAGCGACGAGCCAUCUUCUCUAAGAAAUGGAUCCUAAUUACCCACAAGCUGCGCUUCACAAAGCCCGGCGACUUUCUUCGAUUUGAGGAAGCAGGAUUCUCCUUUGUGCUGUGCCUUGACCGACAAGGUAACCUGAACGGAUUCCACAAUAUCUGCCGUCAUCGUGCUUUCCCUCUCAUAUCGGAGGAUCAGGGCAAUGCGAAAAUUCUUUCUUGCAAAUAUCACGGGUGGUCGUAUGGUCUCAACGGAAAACUAGCCAAGGCCCCAAAGUUCGACGACGUCCCAGGAUUUAAGAAGGAGAACCAGAGCCUGUUUCCUGUUAAUGUGCAUACUGAUGAUUUGGGUUUCAUUUGGGUCAAUCUUGACUCAUCACCAAAUCCUGUCUCCUGGGAAGAAGACUUCAAGGGUGUCGACACACAAGAGCGGUUCAAGCAAUUUGACUUCAGCCAGUACAAAUUCGACCAUACCUGGCAGAUGAAUGGCAACUAUAACUGGAAAACACUUGCCGACAACUACAACGAAUGCUAUCACUGCACCGUUGCACAUCCUGACGUGGCGAAUUUGGCCGAUCUGUCGUAUUAUUAUACAAUUUCUACCCCUGGGCAUAUUCAACACUAUUCUCGACCAAAGGAGGACAAAGUGGAUGAUGAUAUCCAAAAUGCAAGUACAUAUUACUUUCCGAAUGCUUGCAUGACGGUUUCGUGA